AUGGCUCUCGUCAACGUUCGUCGCGAUGUCAGCGAUGCUUUCUAUCGUUACAAGAUGGAGCGUCUGCAGACCAAGAUUGAAGGUAAAGGAAACGGCAUCAAGACCGUCGUCGUCAACCUGAGCAGCGUUGCUGCCUCUCUUGCCCGUCCUGGUUCUUAUGUCAUUAAGUACUUUGGUUUCGAGCUUGGUGCUCAGACCAACAUUGAUCCCAAAGACGACCGUUGGAUUAUCAACGGUGCUCAUGAUGCUCCCAAGCUUCAGGAUCACCUCGAUGGUUUCAUCAAUAAGUUCGUUCUCUGCAAAAAAUGCAAGAAUCCCGAGACCGAUGUUGUCAUUAAGGAUGAUCGUAUCCUGCUUGACUGCAAGGCCUGCGGUCAGCGUACCGAUGUCGAUAUCCGCCUCAAGCUCAGUGGCUUUAUCCUCAAGAACCAGCCCAAGAAGGGCAAGAAGGACAAGGCCGAGCGCAGGGCUGCCAAGAAGGCUCGACAGAACGGCAAUGCUGCCAACGGCACCAACAGUCAGAAUGGCGCUGGCAGCGAUGAGGCAUCUGAGAAUGGCUCAAACGAGAACGGCGACGAGGACGUUGGCAGUGACGACGAGUUCCAGAAGGUUGCGGCCGAGGCCGCCGAAGCCGCUCAGGAGAACGAAGUCAAGGAGCAUGAAUGGGCUGUUGACAUGAGCGAGGAAGCCGUCAAGGCCCGUCAGGCCUCUCUCCCCGGCGAGUUCAAGCAGAAACUCAGCAUUGGCGAUGAUGAUGAUGAUGAAGGCGAGGGUGGCCCCACCAUCUACGAUGAGCUUGGCGACUGGAUUCAGUCCCAGGCCGAGGAGAAGGGCAGCGUUGACAAGGUCGAAUCUAUCGACAUCUAUGUCAAAGCCAAGGAGCUUGGUAUUGAGGGCAAGCAUCGUAGUGUUCUUGUUCUUGUCCAAACCAUCUUUGACAAGAAUAUUGUUGCCCAAAUUCCCAAGCGUGCUAGCAUGCUCAAGCAGUUUGUUACUUCUGAGCGUCACGAAAAGGCUUUGCUCGGUGGAACCGAACGUCUUGUCGGUACCCUGGCCGCUGACCACCCCGAGAUGUUCCAGUCUAUCGUCAAAAUUCUCCAGCUCUAUUACCACUAUGACCUGAUCAGCGAGGAGGUCGUGACCAAGUGGGGAUCCAAGGCUAGCAAGAAGUACACUGACAUCUCCACCUCCAAGAAGGUUCGCAAGGCUGCUGAGCCUUUCUUGACCUGGCUUGCUGAGGCUGAUUCGGAGGAGUCCUCUGAUGAGGAGUAA